GACCUCUUCCAGUGGGUUUUGAGGAGAGAGUCAAGAACCGUUCUUUGUGCUUUAUACCCAUAGAGAUAGAUACAGGACUAAUCUUUAUAUGUAGCGUAUGUGACAGCAUGGGAAUGGGAAGCGCCAUUGAGGCUACAACCCAUAGGAAUCCCGGUCUCUAUCAUUCUCUGUUAUACCUCAGUGGAGAGGACGCGAAGUGUAUGCAAUUGAGAUUCUCCCAAAGUAACCAAUCAUGUAACCAGAACAUUCCAGCAAUGCAUUGUGGGUGUAGUGUUUGCCAACUUUCACGUCAUUGCAGCAUAGACGCACUGCUUUCAUCAAGGUCUGGGGUGUAGUCCUAUCCAGUGACUAACUUGUCAGGCAGAAUGGAUCCCAUGUCCGGUUCAACAGUUAAAGCAGAGGGUUUUGUGGUCCCUCACCCAUAUGCUGGCUCUCCACCCCAGGGAUGCCCCAUGCAAAAGGAGACCAAACUAAGUGCACCUGUACCACAAUCAGAGUGUCCCAUGCACAAGGCGUCCGUCCCAGCCCAGGUUGAGACCACUUCCCCCCCAGUAGCCCCAGCUUCAGACCAGGCAGGGUCAACACAUCAGGAUCGGGCAUACGAGUUUGUGGAGUGCCCCAUGAAAGCAGCCAACAGAGAGAAAUUUGUGUCUGACAUUGAUAUUGCAAACAUGAUGCCGCCACCCAACCAGCAGCCCGCCCCAGGUCAGCCCUUUGAUCUGUCAGUGAACAGAGAGGAGUCCCAGAUCCCCCGGGGUGGUACGGAACAGAACUGGGUCUACCCCUCGGAACAGAUGUUCUGGAAUGCCAUGCUGAGGAAAGGAUGGCACUGGAAAGAUGAAGAUCUUGGGCAAAAAGACAUGACGAACAUCAUCAAGAUUCACAACCAGAACAAUGAACAGGCAUGGCAGGAGAUCCUCAAAUGGGAACAAUUCCAUAAGAAGGAAUGUCCCUGCGGACCCUCCCUGUUACGGUUUGGAGGCAAAGCAAAAGAAUUCACUCCUAGAGCCAGGUUUCGCCACUGGAUGGGGUAUGGCUUACCGUUUGACAGGCACGACUGGAUCGUAGACCGCUGUGGAAAGGAGGUGCGCUAUGUGAUUGACUACUACGACGGCGGUGAGAUCGAUAAGCAGAAUUUCACCAUCCUGGACGUGCGUCCUGCCUUCGACUCCCUCAGCGCCGUGUGGGACCGUAUGAGAGUGGCCUGGUGGCGCUGGACCUCCUCUUAAACCCCAACACUCCCCACACUAAUAGCCUGAUCCCAGAUCUGUAUGUUGUCAUGCCAUUCAAUGAUAGUCAGAGGAGUUGGCUAAAUCACAUACAGAUCUGGGACCAGGCUAUCCACUACCACUUUAGAUUCACAGGGUUGAAUACAGUCGCUAUGUUCUCCUUCAUUGAUUUGAGGGAGUACUAAUGUAUUUAUUGACCAGACUCUGGCACUCUGCUAAUAACUAAACUUUUAAUUGACAGAUUGGCUUCAUUGCUUGAAGUGAACUGUUUUGAUUGACUUUGAGUCCACACACGCAAUCACCAUGUAUAUUGACUUACUGUAAUAAUUGUUUGUUUGGGAGGACAUACUAAUUGGUGGCUUUUCUUUAGUGAAUCAAUUAUCCUAAAUUGAUAAGAUGGAACUGUGUGUUAUUUGUAUCCAGUAUUAUGGUAUUGUUUUAAGUUAAAGGGAGGGAUUCUGUACUUGUGGGCUUCUAACAUGUAUUUAAAGUGUCUCAAUGACUAAACGCAACAACUCCCAGGUCAAUGGAAGCAACCAUUUGGAAUGGACUCAAUGAAGACAAAUUGAUAAUCCAUUUGUCCCAGAUAAAACAGGUUCAUGGGUA